UGAUUUCGUCUCGAGAGGGUUAUUGUUCAGCAAUUGCGUUGAACUUGAGCACCUUCCAGUUUGGUCGCAACGAUCGAGGUUAUCGACUGAAUUCGAGAGCAUUCUACAGGUGCACGUGGAUUUAUUUGUUCGGAACAAAUAAGAAUUGUUAGAAAAUACGUGACAAGUUGACGACCUUGUUCAGUACUUACCGCUACUCAUCUCGUUCUUCUUGCACAGAUGUCUUUCACGGCGACGUUCAAGAGCAUCAAGGCCGUUGUGCCUCUCCUCGACCGUGUUGUUGUUCGCAAGUUCAAGCCUGAGACGAAAACUGCCUCUGGCAUUUUCUUGCCUUCAUCGGUAACCAAGGACCCUCUUCCUGAGGCUACUGUGAUUGCCGUCGGCCCUGGUGCACCCAACAAGGAGGGCACUGUCAUUCCCACAAAUGUGAAGGCAGGCGACCGUGUGAUCCUACCGGGAUGGGGCGGAAGUUCGUUUAAGGUCGGCGAUGAGGAGUAUUUCAUGUACAGGGACUCGGAGAUUCUGGCAAAGAUUCAGGAGUAGACGUGUCUUGUGACUAUCAGACCUCUUCCAAGCCUGGGUCAGCUGGUUGUAUAUGGAAUAAGAGUUUGCUAUCAUUUGCAUUUUAUCAUGAACUACUAAUACCUAGUCAUUGUCGUACUGCAUACUGCAUCGCUCAUCGUUUGCUAUUUUUAUGAACACAUCCCCACUCUACCUCCCGCUCGUGUGCUUGAGAAAGAAAUUGUCCACCGCUACCAAGGAAAGAUCUGCCCGAGAAAUGUCAGCAUGAGUGCGUUAGCGGAGGACGGUGAAGAUACUGCGGUGGAG